GGGUUUUUUUACUAUUUUGGGCGGGUUUUUUGCUAUUUUCUUGUGGUUUUUUUUGGUUUUUUUGGGGAAUUUUUGGGAUUUUGGGAUUUUUGGGAAUUUGGGGAGGGGUCUCACCUGUGCCCCCCAGCCGGGACCCCCUCGGACGAGCCGGGCCCCCCCGAGGCGCUGGGCCUGGCCAAGCUGCCGGGGGCGGUGGACAAGGACCGGAGGAGCAAAAAAAAGCACGAGCUGCUGGAGGAGGCGUGCCGCCAGGGUUUGCCCUUCGCCGCCUGGGACGGCCCCACCGUGGUGUCCUGGCUCGAGGUGUGGGUGGGCAUGCCCGCCUGGUACGUGGCGGCGUGCCGCGCCAACGUGCGCAGCGGGGGCGUCCUGGCCAACCUGUCGGACCCCGAGAUCCAGCGGGAAUUGGGGAUCUCGCACCCCCUGCACCGCCUGAAGCUGCGCCUGGCCGUGCGCGAGAUGGUCUCGCUCACCAGCCCCUCGGCGCCGCCCUCCUCGCGCACCGUCACGGGGAACGUGUGGAUGACGCACGAGGAGAUGGAGUCGCUGCCGGCCACGCCCAACGCG